AUGUUGUUCACAGAUGGCAUUGAAACUUAUGACGCUCAUCGAAAGACCAAUUUUCAGAUGAAGGUUCUACUUCUAUGGAUAGUUAGUGACUUCCCUGCUUAUGCAAUGUUGUCCGGAUGGAGCACUCAUGGUAAUUUAGCCUGUCCAUAUUGCAUGCACCAAACAAAAUCAUUUCGACUUUCCAACGGACAAAAACCGUGUUGGUUUGACUGUCACAGAAAACAUCUACCCGAAAGACACGUAUUCCGAAAUAAUACAGUUAAUUUCUUAAAAGGCAAGAAAGUGAAGGGUCAUGAAGUGCCUGUUCCAUAUCCAACCGAAGAAUAUAUUUGGGAGAAAAUCCAACAUUUUCCCACUGUAUACAACGGUACUCCCUAUGGUCCAAAUUAUAUAAAACCAAAAGGUUUUGGUAUUACACAUAACUGGGUAAAGAAGAGCAUCUUUUGGGAGCUUCCAUAUUUGCGUCACCUGUUGAUCCGACACAACCUCGAUUUGAUUCAUGUUGCGAAGAAUUUUUUUGAAAAUAUGUUUCAUAUUUCGAUGGGUACCCCAAAGUCCAAAGACAAUAUGAAGGCAAGAGAGGAUAUUGAGAUGCUAUGUGACCGACCUAUACUAAACCCCAUUAGGGACAACAAUAGGAAGCCUAGGAAGAACCCUGGAAAGUACACAUUGACAAAGGAACAAGUUAAAAAUUUUUGUGGUUUCAAAAGCCAUGACUGUCAUGUGUUUAUGCAACGGUUGCUUCCCCUAGCUAUAAGAGGUUUUGUUCCAAAAAAGAUAUAUGAGGCCAUAUCAGAGAUAUCCAUGUACUUUCGAGUAUUGUGCUCGAAAACGUUGCAUCUUCAGGACUUGUUCGAUAUGAAACGUUGUAUUGUUCAGACCAUGUGCAAGUUGGAGCAAAUAUACCCUCCUAGCUUCUUUGAUUCCAUGGAACACCUGGUCAUACAUUUAGCUGAUGAAGCUAUUGUUGGUGGUCCGGUACAUUACAGAUGGAUGUACCAAUACGAGAGGAAACUAGGCAUAAUUAAAAGAAGAAUCAGGAACAAAGCACGAGUUGAGGGUUCAAUAGUCAAUGAACAUCUAGUGAAUGAACUCGCUACCUAUUGUUCGUUAUAUUUUGACCCGACGAUUGAGACACGCCAUAAUCGAGAAGCGCGGAAUUUUGCACCACAAAGUCACAGGUUUUCGAGUGGUGGAGCUCCACUUAGCAUCUUUGUCGUCCCAUCAAGAAGAUUAUAUGAAAAAAGUGGAAAACGAAAACCCUUAAGUGAUAAAGUCCUUCACAAGGCGCACACUUACAUAUUACUUAAUUGUAAAGAAGUUAACCCUUACAUCAUCGAGUUUGAUGAAAUGGUCAUAAGAACGAAUCCAAAUGAAUCAGUUUCUGAUUUAAGAGAUAAAUACUUUGCUGAAUGGUUUGAGGACAGAAUAAUGUAUAAGACACCCGAUGGAAGUGCAACACACUUAGAAGUUAUAGCUACGAAACCAUCGAGACAUGCUUGUUUUCACAAUGGGUAUUUUGUAAAUGGUUAUAAGUUCCACACUCAACAAUACGGUGAGGGUCGUGCGACAAAAAACUUUGGAGUAUGUGUUAGAGGGGAGACGUAUAAUGCCGAACAAGAGUCAGACUACUACGGCAUAUUGCAAGAGAUCUUAGAGAUCGAGUAUUAUAGCAGCGGACCUUCGACUGUUGUACUGUUUAAUUGUAUUUGGUUUGAUAACAAAGACGGUGUAAUAGUUAACAAAAACAAGUUGGUCGAUGUCAAACCCAAAUCUCGACUUCAAACUGACGAUCCUUUUUGUUUGGCAUCACAAGCUGAACAAGUAUUUUAUACACCAUACCCUUCAAUGUCAAAUGAGACGAAAGAUAAGUGGGCGGUUAUCAAAACAAAACCAAGAGGGGUAUUUGAAGUCACCAAAGCUGAAAUGGAAGCAGAUGAAGUAUUUCAGGUUGAAGAACGGUUUGAGUCACCCCUUACUGUAACUCGUGUGGAACCGCUAUGCCUAGCCUCAACUAUAAAUACAUAUGAGCAAAUAUCUGAUGAAGCAAAUGAGAGAAUUGAGGAGGAAGACGAAGAAGUGGAAGAUUUUGAAGACGGAGGUGAUGAAAAUGAUUUUUAUUAUUCAGAAGAAGAAUUUGAAGACGAAGAUGAUGGGGACGAAUGUUAG